AGAAUUUUUUCAUUCUCUCCUUCCUUCUAGUUUUUUUUUUCUAAUAUUUCUGUGAAACUCUUUGUCAUGGAUUGUCUGGGCCAAAUGUUAGGUCCGAUCUUGGCGGAGACAGGGCGUAGCAUGUGGAGAUCGACCUAUACUCGAGCCACUUAUACCAUCCGGUUCAAGUCGAACAUCAAUGCUCUGAAGAAUGCGCUCGAUGGCCUUAUGGAAGUUCAGAACAAAGUGAAUAAAGACCUCAAAACAUUGGAAAUCAAAAGGAAAUCCUUGCAUGUGCAACUGAGGAGAUGGCUAAGAGAUGUGGAAGAGAUUGUCUCCGAAGCAAAGUCAAUGCACGAAGGACGUGCUACAUGUUUUCUGUCCUUGAAGUGCAGGCUGAGCAAAAAACUUGUGGUAAUUCUUGAGAAAGUCAAGAGGCUUGAAAAGCAAGGCGUAGAGCUUCUCGACAUAUUCUCUGUGGAAGGUAAAUCUGAACUAGUUGAAAAAAUCCUUGGGCCAUCGAUUCCUUAUCAAACAAGAGCUUCAGAGAUGUUAGUCAAAGUUGUAAACUUUCUGAGAAGCGAUGAGGUUCAAAAGAUCGGUGUUUGGGGUAUGGGUGGAGUCGGGAAAACAACGCUUGUCAGAGAACUAAACAAUAAGCUAUGGAAAGAAGCUGCGACGCAGCCUUUUGGUAUGGUGAUAUGGGCUACAGUCUCUAAAGAGUUUGAAUUGGCAAGGGUCCAGAAGCAAAUCGCCGAGAGAUUGGAUAUGGAAAUCAAACUAGGCGAAAACGAGGAAAAACUGGCGAGACGGAUUUUUGCAAGGCUUGAGAAAGUAAGUAGCUUUCUUCUCAUUCUUGAUGAUGUCUGGAAACCCAUUGAUUUAGACCAGCUGGGGAUUCCACAGACAGAUGGACACAAGGGUUCGAAGAUUGUCUUGACUUCUAGAUUCUUAGAGGUUUGCCAGAGCAUAAAGACGGAUAUGAACUUCAGAGUCGAUUGCUUAUGUGAAGAAGAAGCUUGGGAAUUGUUUUGUCAAAAUGCUGGAGAAGUGACCAGAUCAGAUCGUAUUAGACCCAUCGCGAAGAAAGUUUCUCGGGAAUGUGGUGGAUUGCCUUUAGCUAUCAUAACCGUUGGCAUGGCUAUGCGUGGGAAGAAGAUGGUCAAGCUGUGGAAACAUGCCCUUAAGGAACUCAAGAGUUCGGUGCCUUAUGUCAAGAGUAUUGAAGAAAAGAUCUAUCAGCCUUUGAAAUUGAGCUACGACUUGCUCGAGCAAAAGAUGAAAUCUUGCCUCCUCUUCUGUGCCUUAUUUCCAGAGGAUUACUCAAUUGAAGUAGCCGAGCUUGUGAAGUACUGGACUGCCGCAGGAUUUAUAGAUGAAAUACAAAACCAUGGGUACUUAAUGAAUCAAGGAAUCACCUUGGUAGAGAAUCUGAGAGACUCUUGCUUGCUAGAAGAGGGUGCUCAUGAUGAUACAGUUAAGAUGCAUGACGUGGUUCGCGAUUUUGCCAUAUGGGUCAUGUCUUCCUCGAAAGAUGAUAGUCACGCUCUUGUCAUGUCUGGUACUGGCUUAUGCGAGUUUCCAGAAGAGAAGUUCGUUCCUUCUAUCCGAAGAGUUUCGUUGAUGAAUAAUAAGCUUAAAAAGCUCCCUAAUCAGGUGGUAGAGUGUGUUGCGCUCUCUGCUUUGCUGCUACAAGGCAACUUUCACCUGGAGGAAUUACCGGAUGGGUUCUUGCUAUCUUUUCCAGCACUUCGGAUUCUGAAUCUAAGUGGGACACGAAUAAAGUCAUUGCCCAACUCUCUCAGCAAGCUUCAUGAGCUUCGAUCUCUCAUCUUGAGAGACUGUUACUACCUUGAAGAAGUUCCUUCCCUUGAAGGCCUUACGAAAAUUCUAGUUCUUGAUCUUUGUGCUACGCAUAUCAGGGAAUCGCCAAGAGGAUUGGAAACUUUGAACAGCUUGAGACUACUUGACCUCUCGCGAACACAUAACCUCGAAAGCAUUCCAGCUGGAAUCAUCCCACAGUUAUCAAGUUUAGAGGUUCUAGACAUGACGCUUAGUCAUUUCCACUGGGGCGUCCAAGGACAAACUCAAAAGGGGCAAGCAACACUUGAAGAGAUUGCGUGUCUCCAUCGUUUAUCGGUCCUCUCAAUCAGAGUCGUGUGUGUUCCACCUCUUUCCCCUGAAUCCAAUUCUUGGACAGAAAGGUUAAAGAAAUUUCAGUUGUUUAUUGGUCCAACAGCUAACUCCUUACCUACUAGACACGACAAGCGGAGAGUGACAAUAAGUAGUCUCAAUGUUUCAGAAGCAUUCAUAGGGUGGUUGCUAGUGAAUACGACUUCCCUAGUGAUGAACCAUUGCUGGGGUCUCAAUGAGAUGCUGGAGAACUUGGUAAUCGAUAGCACGAGUAGCUUCAACAUGUUGAAGUCUCUAACGGUAGAGAGUUUUGGUGGAAGUAUAAGGCCCGCUGGUGGAUGUGUCGCGCAACUGGAUCUUCUUCCUAACCUCGAAGAACUUCAUCUGCGUCGUGUAAAUCUGGAAACCAUUAGAGAGCUCGUGGGUCAUCUGGGGUUGAGAUUUGAGACACUGAGACAUCUAGAAGUCAGCAGAUGUAGCCGGCUCAAAUGCCUUCUCUCGUUAGGGAACUUCAUCUGUUUCUUGCCGAACCUACAAGAGAUACAUGUUAGCUUUUGUGAAAGGCUCCAGGAGCUGUUCGAAUAUUCUCCUGGAGAAGUUCCAGCCUCUGCUUCUGUGGUACCUGCUCUGCGUGUCAUAAAGCUGAGGAAUCUCCCUCGGUUGAGGAGAUUAUGUAGCCAAGAAAUGUCAUGGGGAUGUUUAGAACAUGUGGAAGUGAUAAGAUGCAAUCUUGUCAAGAAUCUACCCAUUAGCUCAAGUAAUGCUCAUAGAGUCAAAGAAGUAAGAGGAGAAACACACUGGUGGAAUGACUUAACUUGGGAUGAUAACAGUACAAGAGAAACCCUUCAACCUCGGUUCGUACCAGCUGAUGGAAAUAUACUAGAUGGCUUACUUUGACUCUCUUGAUAUCAGAUUUCCAGCAAAAAUUUAGGGAGAGAUAGAAGCUUCUCCAGUUUCUAAUAGAUCAGGAUUCUAUGGCUGAGGAGCUUCUGUAGCUACAAUGGAAUCCUGGACUUGCAGAAACUUUCACGGAUGAUAACCGUCUCGCUUGCAAUCUCCUGACAUUGGAGCUCCAGCUCAAAUGCUCAAUCUAAUAGAGAGAGUAGAGGCUUCUCCAGUUUCAAAUUUUGGAAACGGUGGGAAUCAGUUUUCUUGACUUUACUAUUAUUUUCCUUUAUCGAAAAAAUAUGUAAAAGAUAUGCUCAACAAUUGCAUAUCUUGGCUUGAGGAUAAAAGAACCUGAAAGCAUAAAAAAAUUAUGAUAAACCUGAUUUUAUGUCAUAGAUUCUAUU